GGAGUCUCGUUCCAUUUUGGAAAGUGUCCAGAGAUUUUCUUCAAUGCCAACAUAUCUACCUGUGAACCUUCAAAUCCACAAUGCUGAGAUGUCCUUUUUCCUUAAAGAAGCCAACCAGGACAUUAUGAGGAACUCAAGUUUACAGUCUAGAGUGGAAGCCUUCUUUAUACACAAAGCCAAGAAUCCUCCCAUAUUAAAUGCAACCUAUGGACCCUUUUCUAGUGAACAAGUAAUCCCUUUAGAACUGCUACAGACAUCUAAUGUUUUUAGUUCAACAAAUAAAUAUACUCUUAAUUGGAAGCUUAAAGCAUACAUUGUUGAGGAUAAGAUUUAUUUUGACAGACCAAAAGUACAGAUAUUUUUUUAUAUUGUGGGAAGAGAUUGGGAUGACUACAGUACCAUAGCCUGGUUGCCAUGUGUCAAAGUAUUUGCUUUUCGAGAGACUCAGGAAGUUCGCAGCAGCUGCAAGUUGCAUGGUGAACUGGGAAUGUGCAUCUCAGAGCUGGAGCUUUUAAUUGAUUGGUUCAGUCCUCCUGCUGUGGUUCCAGGUCGGAAGAAAAGUGAAGAUAAUUCAGAAGGAAGUCCUGUUGAGCUUUACUAUAUGAUACAGUCAGGAGGAGAAAAGGGAGAGUGCUCCACGGAGGAAAGAAGAAAAGGGAAUGCUAUUCGGCCAGGAAAAGAAGAUGAGGAUGUGUUAAUUCCUCUACAGAGGAUUGGCAGCGUGUAUCUUUAUCAGAACCAUGCAAACCUUCCCCUAACAGAACUGAGAUUGGAUGAUAACAUCAAAGUACAUUAUUCAUCAAGAUCUAUGAAGCCUGGUGCUGUAGUAACUUUCCAUGUUUUGAUCGCCAAAAAUGCCGCACAUCACCAGUUCACACUGAGAAUAAAGGUAAAACAGGACAUGUAUGUUCUAAGUGUGAGAACAAGCAAUCCAAGUCAAUGGGAUGUUAAAGAAGAUAUGCAAGCUGCUGACAGGCACUCUACAGUUGUUACCGCUUCACGGCUACUAACAGGGACUUUAUUAUUAAAUACUGACAGUACUUCUCAUGAGGUGAUGCAGGUGGAUUUUAAACUGGAGGAUUUAAGCAUCCAGACGUGGACACAAAUAAUCACAUGGGAGGUUGAAUAUCCUGGAGAGACAAGGCCUGAACCAACAGUCUCAGAGAUCUAUGUGAACCAAAGAGACAUAUUAGGAAUCAUUUCGAUGGCCAUGGAGACUGAAAUUCUGAACACUGCAAUCCUAAAUGGGAGAACUGUGGCAGUUCCAGUGAAAGUUGUCGCCAUAACAGAGGGCAGCACAGUGAGAGAUGUCUCUGAAUCAGUGGUGUGUACAUCAACUGAUGAAAAUGUCAUUAAGGUCUCUGGCAGGUGUGACUAUGUCUUUGUCAAUGGCAAGGAAAUGAAAGGCAAGGUGAACGUUCUUGUGAAUUAUACCUACCAGCACUUGAGUGCUCAGCUUGAAAUGUCUGUUUGGGUCCCACGCCUUCCUCUUCAGAUAGAUGUUUCUGACACCGAACUGAGCCAAAUCAAAGGCUGGAGGAUACCUAUCACUUCCAACAAGAGACCAGCCAGAGAUAGUGAAGAUGAGGAAGAAGAUGAGCGAAAAGGAAGAGGCUGUGCCCUCCAGUAUCAGCAUGCACUUGUACGAGUCCUUACUCAGUUCAUUGCAGAACCAUCGGACCCUGGAGGGCAGUUAAAUUAUAUACUAGGCUCCGACUGGCACUUUGACAUUACAGAGAUAGUUAUCAACUUUCUGACAGUUGAAGACCCGAGAAUUGCAGAAUUGAAGAAUGGCAGGGUUUUGAUUGGACAAGAAGCAGGGAUGACACUAAUUCAGGUCCUGUCUCCACUGUCAGAUUCCAUCCUUGCUGAGAAGACAGUGACGGUGUUUGAUGAUAAGGUGACAAUCACAGACAUUGGAGUUCAGUUGAUAGCUGGACUUUCACUAUCACUUCAGCCUGGAGCUGGGAGCAAUGGAGCAGCUUAUGUCACUGCAGUCGCUCAAGAACUUCUUCAUGUUCCAAAACAGGAAGCAGUGAUCAGUACCUGGAUCCAGUUCAACGAUGGCUCAGUCACCCCACUUAACAUAUACAACCAUAUGGACUUCUCAGUCUCUGCUCUAUCCCUGGAUGAAGGUGUUGUUUCAGUUCAGCAAGACCCCCUGUUAAAGUGGCCAGUCAUAGUGGCAGAAGGAGAAGGGCAGGGGACACUGAUAAGGAUUGAAUUAAUGAUCAGUGAUUCUUGCCAGAAGUCUAAGAGAAAAAGUGUUCUGGCUGUUGGCACUGCAAAUAUUAAAGUCAAAUUUGGUCAAAACGAUGACAACUUAAAUGCCAGCAAUAACGAAUUUGUUGCUGAGCUAGAAAAUCACACAAGUGAUAGAAGGCAUCAGAAAUCCAUGGUUCAAGAAAAGACAAAUCAAGAAAGAGAAUAUUUUGAAAUUUCUUCUUCUGAAGGAAUGGAAGGUGUAAUUAAGAGAUUUGCUACCACAGUUAAGUCAGUUAUAAUUAGGAAAGCAAAUACAGAGAAACAUUCCAACGAAGAUGAUUCAAGUCAUGUACAGACUAUUCCUAUAGACUUCACAAACUUCCCUGCACAUGUGGAUUUGCCUAAAGAAAACGGCAAUGAAGAGGACAAUGACCUAUCACAGACGUCAAGAGGAUUAACAGAUUUAGAGAUUGGGAUGUAUGCAUUGCUUGGUGUGUUUUGCCUUGCAAUUUUAGUCUUUCUUAUCAACUGUAUAACAUUUGCUUUAAAAUACAAGCACAAACACUCUCUAGAGGAAGGGCAGAGGGGCAGGAGCCACUCCCAUGACUGGGUGGGUCUUGGUCAUGGGACAGAACUACUUGCCAAUCAUGUCAGCCUUUCACCUCAUCAUGAGGAUCAUAUGACUGAAAUUGACAGUGGGUUGGAAUUUGAUGACAAUAAACAUCUCCCAAAUGGGAAUUCAGAAAAAAAUGUUAGAAGUCAGGUUUAUAUGACCCAAGAAACAGUUUUUAACGAGGGCAGUGAACAAAAACAUGAGCCCUCCAACUCUCCUACCUCAAAGCGUAAGCGAGUAAAGUUUACUACAUUCACUACUAUUCCCCCAGAUGAUGGGUCACCUAAAGUGAACACUACUGCAAUGAACAAAGAUACUGACAUUAAAUGGGUGUGCCAAGAUAUGGACCUUGGAGAGUGCAAAGAAAUUAGAAACUAUAUGGAAAGGCUAAAUGACAAUUUGUAACAUGUGUUUUCCUAUUGUACUCACCUUUAUGCCUUUAAUUUUGGUCAUGAGGCACAAAAUAUAUAAAACACAAAGACAUGUUAAAUUUGAUGAAUUUCAAAAUGUGUUAAAUUAUGGUAAGUUAAAGUCUUCAAACAGGAUGACACAGCUACUCUUUAUAAUCUUUUUUUCUGCCUGCUUCCUGACAGCAAGAUGAACGAAAAAUGAAUAAUUAUGCCUACCUGGUGACAGUAAUGUGAACAGAAAAAUGAAUCAAGCUUACAGACACACUAAUAAAUAAGACAAUAUGAAAAGUUCUGUUUUUGAGUGGGCACAGACAUACCGUUACUUCAUUUGUAUUCAAUCAGGGAUGCUACCAAGAAUCACAUAUGGAAAUUUAUUCCUUAAUUUGGGAUAAACCUUGAUAUUAAAAAGCGUGUUGCACAGAACAGCAGACAUCAGUAUUUUCUCAUAGUUUCCAAGAACCCCAUGAUCAUGACAGCUGUGAUGUUUGUUGCACUGUAAAUACAGUGUUCAUAACUGUUAGUGUUAGCACAGUCCAAAGGUACACUGUUAGAAAUAUAUUCAGAUCUGGGAAUUUUUCCUCAAAUUACUCAAGCUGUUAAUCUGUUUGAUACAAUUCUGCUAUGAAAUGGGACCAUCUGUGCUUCUGUAUAACAUUAUGUGUCUGUGUGCUUAUAUGUAUGUGUGUUUAUAUAUCACCCACAUGCAUAUGCACACACAUGCAUAGGAAUAUAUUUUGUAUAUAAACCUGUGUACAAUAUACAAGAAUCUUUAUUCAUAACAACAUUAUUCUAGAUAUCUUGCUCUGGAUAGUCUGGAGCUGAAUAAUUCUUUGAGCCAUUUCCCAGUUUACAACAUUUUUUUAAUGCUUGUGUUAAAAAAAAAUCAGAAAAAAAGUUAUGUAAAUUAUCUAGAAACCAGACUGGCAUACUUUCGACAUGUCAAUAUCAGUAAUUGUAGGCGCCCACAAAGCAGCAAUUGUUGAAGAAGGACUGGAACAUAUUUUAUUAAAAGGGGACUGCACUCAGCUGUUUAUUUUGCUUUAUUUGGAUAAUCUAUGCCAAAUAUUGACUUCAGUUCUAUUGUUGUCACAUUAUAACCAUCAUUGCAGUAAAUCUGUAUUUUUUUAUCUAUACAUGCAUAGUGAGUUUCUUUUUAGAACCAUAGGUACUCUAUAUACUUUGUUGUGUUUUGUUUUGUUUUUUUCCUCCUGUUUCAUUGCUACAUACAACCUGUGUUCCAUGAGGGGAAUAUAUCAAUUAAAGUGAUACAGAGUGCAGAGUACAGUUCUAAAAUAUAAUCUGUUAAUACACCAAUGGUUGAAAAUGCAUAUUCAUCUUAUUGUAAAGUCAUUAAUGACACAGCUGUAGUAGAAUCAGGAGCAGAUGUAAAAAAAAUUGGUUAGUACAGAAAAUAAUGCAUACAAACUAUGUGCAGUUCUCUUUUUCUAUAUAGUCUCCUAGCAUGUAGAAGCAAUCUAUGCUUUAGCCCUCAGGUUUAACAACUACCUAUGGAAUCCAUAGGGACAGCAGGUAAAACAUGAUUGGAUUUACUGUUACUGAGUUUCAUGGCCAAUGUUAUUUUUAAUAUUUUUAUAUGAUGCAGUCCACAUAUACUCUUCACAUUUUGGUGGCAUUUUAAAAUAAGCACAUUGAUCCUAUAACAUUUUCAAACCAGACUGUGUUUUAGGGUAUGAGAAUGUAAUAUUUAUU